UCCUUGAUUAGACACGAUUGUCACCAUGAAAAAUGAUAUGUUUUUCAAAAAUGAGUGGCUAAUGUUCGAGUGACAAGAAUGGGGUGCAUUAACAAAUUCGUCGUUUAUUCACAGUGUAUCGUAUCAAGAGGUGAACGUCAUUUCCUGUAGGAACCGAGGAGAAUUGGCAAAAUGUCCCGGGAAAUGGCACGGGAAGGGGGGUGGAACGUCGAGGAGGGUGAAUUUGUGGAGCAAGCGAACGACGAUGUCGAUGUACGCACCCCUCUGAUCAACGAACCGUGUCACCCCAGAAAAGGCGAUGGUCUGGCCAGAGCCCCCACCCUGGCGGCCUGACUCGCGUUGUAAACAAAAUCGAGGGUUGAGGGUGAGGAAGAGGGCGAUCGGAGGGGGCAGGGACAACGGAGGUGGUGCGAGAGUGCUAGGUGUCGGUGGUACUCGUCAGUAGCACGGCGGUCACAGAUCCUUUCGGAGCAGAAAAUCUGCCUGAUCUCCUUUCAGCCAUCACCAAUCCCCAACGUCUCUCACUGCAACGAUGAACUGGCAACCGACCGUCAGCUUCCACAUCGGUCGCACCUAAUAAAAAUCAUCCUCCGUCAGACCAACUGGCGUGAAAUAAAAUUCGCUAAGUGUAAUUUCGCGAAAGUCGGGGCUAAAAGUCUCGUCGAAGUGACUGUUGCUCCCUUCGAGUGUCGAUAAAGGUCGAUAAAAGCUUCCGAGGUCUUUCGCUGUGAUCGUGGAGGAUCGAUGAUCGAUUGGCUGCGGUGGAUCCAGAGCAGCCGCGAUGCCAACGUUACACCGGUCGUUGACACAGUUCCCCGCUUGAAAUUCGGACCAGUGUCCACCUACUCCAGUUGAUCCAGGGAUUCGUACCACUGGCCGAGGGAGGAUGAAGGCUGAAAGCAACAACGGAUACCUGAAGGCGAACGUGAUCGGGGAGCAGGACGAGACACUACCUGGUUCCGGUCAGGAUCUACCUGCGACUACUCCUCUUCAGGUGACUUAUGGCCCGCGUGAAAACACGACCACCACGGUUCUCCAGCAUCCAGGAAGCAGCCGGAAGCCGCUAGGCGGAAUAAUGCGAGCGGCGUCUAUCACACGCAGGCGGAGAAGGCCGGCCAACAGGCAGCAAUUGUUCGGUGUGCUCGCCGUCACUCUCCUCGCCACUUGUCUUUUCAUCCUGCUGCUGUUGGCGUUGAACACGAGCCGCGAAUACGUGCAGGAGCCCCGUCCAAACAUUUGCAUGACAAAGGAGUGCAUCUGGACAGCUGCCACUCUACUGUCGGCCAUGGACCAAUCGGCUGCCCCAUGCGUGAACUUCUUCCAAUAUGCGUGCGGAACGUGGAAUCGUCAGCACGUGAUUCCCGAGGAUCGAAGUUCAAUAAACACGUUCGAAGUACUGGCUACUCAGUUGCACGUGAUCCUGAGGAGCAUCCUGGAGGAGCCGCCGAACGACGAGGACAAUAACGCUACCCUGAAGGCGAAGAUGUUCUACAAAUCGUGCAUGGACAUCCCUCGUAUCAGGACGAUCGGAGAUGCUCCACUGAAGAGGACUCUCGAGUUCCUCGGCGGUUGGCCAGCGGUGGUUGGAGCAUCCUGGAAACCACCCCCAUACUCCGUCGAGGUGUUGCUUGGUCGACUCCGCGGGGAAUACAACGAGGGAGUGUUGUUGGAACAAUGGGUCGGCCCAGAUGACAAGAACUCCUCAGCCAAUAUCCUCCAGCUGGAUCAGAUACAGCUGGCGUUACCGAGUAGGGACUAUUACUUAAAGAAGAGCAGUGAGGCUCAACUGAACGCGUACCAUCGUUACAUGACAAAUGUUGCCGUGUUGCUGGGCGCCAAUCCAGAGACCGCGGCUGAGGAAUUCAAUCACGUGAUCAAUCUGGAGAAACAGUUAGCAAAUGCGUCAAUGCCGGAGGCUGACAGGCAUGAUACAUCUGCCAUUUACCGGAAGUUGACGCUGCGCGAACUGCAGCGUGAAAUUCCGCAGCUGAAAUGGCGCGCAUACCUUCAAGAAUUCAUCAGCACUCCCAUAACGGAAGAGGAACCCAUCGUGGCGUACGCCAUGCCAUAUUUUAUGCAAAUGGGCCGUAUCGUGCAACGAACGGACCGCAGAACACUGCAUAAUUAUAUACUAUGGAGAUUGGUCAUGUCGAUAAUGCCUCACAUGAUAGACGAGUAUCAGCAAAAGAGAGUAGAAUUCCGUAAGAUUCUGUUGGGUAUACUAAGUGAAAGAGACAGAUGGUCCCAAUGUGUCGACUGGACCAAUAAAAGGCUUGGUAUGGCUGUUGGUGCUCUUUUCAUUCGUGACAAUUUCAAUCACGAGAGCAAGACAGCACUGGAGAUGAUUCGCAUGAUACGAGAGGCGUUUAAUGAAUUGCUGGCCGAAAAUCAUUGGAUGGAUAAUGAAACUAGAGCUGUGGCUAAGAAUAAAGCUGAUUCUAUGAACGAGAGAAUUGGAUACCCUGAGUUUCUGAAAGAUCCUGUUGAACUUUCAAAAGAAUACGUGAUGUUGAACAUUACUGAAAAUCAUUUCCUUGAAAACAUACUGGCUGUGCUGAAGUAUGAAGCUUAUCAUAAUCUAGAGAAACUACGGAAACCUGUUGAUAAAGAUAAGUGGUCUACUGAACCAGCUGUGGUGAAUGCUUUCUACAACCCCAAUAAAAAUGAUAUUGUCUUUCCAGCUGGAAUUCUUCAACCCCUCUUCUACUCUCAGCAUUUUCCAAAAUCAUUGAACUAUGGGGGCAUAGGUGUAGUAAUUGGGCAUGAGAUUACUCAUGGUUUUGACGACAAAGGACGUCAGUUUGAUAAAGAUGGGAACAUGAUUCAAUGGUGGAACAAUGCCACUGUGAAAGCUUUCAGAGAAAAGGCUCAGUGUAUUGUGGACCAGUAUUCCAGAUACAAAUUGCAAGAAGUUGAUCUCUAUGUGAAUGGUAGGAUGACUCAGGGAGAGAAUAUUGCUGAUAAUGGAGGAUUAAAACAGUCAUUCCGGGCUUAUAAGAAAUGGGUAUCAAUACAUGGUGAAGAACCAUUGCUUCCUGAUGUGAAUCUUACUCAUGAUCAGCUAUUCUUUUUGAAUUACGCUCAGAUAUGGUGUGGAUCCAUGAGACCAGAGGAUGCAUUGACAAAAAUAAGAAGUAGCGUUCAUUCACCAGGUCCCAUAAGAGUUCUAGGCCCUCUGUCCAAUAGUGAAGAUUUUGCCAGGGCCUAUGAUUGUCCACCAGGCUCACCAAUGAAUCCAACUCAAAAGUGCAAUGUUUGGUAGUACGAGGGAUUCUUUAAAAGAAUACUAAUACGCAAGAAAGGAUUUGAAAAUUUGUAGCGAACAGAGCCCUAAGGAGACCAUUGUUAUCGUAUCGAUUGUUGAUCAUGAUAGGACCAUGAAAGACUAGUUUUAUUUUGGCAUGGUUCACUGUGAUUUAAAUCUCCUAGCUUAGUAGCAGGUUACAUCACAGUGAUUACACGCGUGUGUAUGAGAAAGUGCGCUUGUUAAAUAGUAAUUACGAAGAGUAAAAAGUGGCCAUGGUGUCAGCCUAAAAUUCCAUGGAUAAGAACUACAUGUAUAU